UCCAUCCUAGCACCCCAAAUCGCCUUAUGGUUGUUUAGACGGGUUUUCUAAUGUCUGCUGGAAUUUGUUUCGGAAAACGCAGUAAGAGACAAGGAACUGGAAGUAGCGCUGAUUUCUCAUCGUGAUUAUUUUGUUACGUUGGAAGGUACCAAGCUCUCCUGUCAAGCGAAGAAGCAAAUCGUCUUCCCGGUCCUGUGAUAAGGCGUUGCUGCCGUCCUGUGACGGAUUUAUCCUCUCAGCUGCUGGGUGUAAGGAGGAGAGGAAGUAAAGAUGCCUAAACCGAUUAACGUCCGUGUAACCACCAUGGAUGCAGAGCUGGAGUUUGCAAUCCAGCCUAAUACCACAGGAAAACAGCUCUUCGACCAGGUUGUGAAGACAGUUGGUCUGCGGGAGGUCUGGUUCUUUGGCCUACAGUAUGUGGACAGUAAAGGGUACAUCACCUGGCUCAAACUCAAUAAGAAGGUGACCCAGCAAGACGUAAAGAAGGAGAACCCUCUACAGUUCAAGUUCAGAGCCAAGUUCUUCCCAGAAGAUGUCUCAGAAGAGCUAAUCCAGGAGAUCACCCAGAGACUCUUCUUCUUGCAGGUCAAGGAGGCCAUCUUGAACGAUGAGAAUUAUUGCCCUCCAGAGACGGCUGUGUUGCUGGCCUCCUAUGCUGUCCAAGCAAAGUAUGGUGACUACAACAAAGAUAUCCACAAGGCUGGAUACCUCACCCAUGACAGACUGCUGCCUCAGAGAGUCCUAGAACAACAUAAGCUAACAAAGGAGCAGUGGGAAGACAGGAUACAGACUUGGCAUGAAGAACACAGAGGAAUGCUCAGAGAGGACUCGAUGAUGGAGUACCUUAAAAUUGCCCAGGACUUGGAGAUGUAUGGAGUCAACUACUUCGAGAUCAAAAACAAAAAAGGCACACAGCUGUGGCUAGGUGUAGACGCCCUUGGUCUCAACAUCUAUGAACAUGAAGACAAACUAACGCCAAAGAUUGGCUUCCCCUGGAGUGAAAUCCGAAACAUCUCUUUCAAUGACAAGAAGUUUGUCAUCAAACCUAUUGAUAAGAAAGCACCUGACUUUGUGUUUUAUGCACCACGACUGCGAAUCAACAAGCGUAUUUUGGCGCUGUGUAUGGGUAAUCAUGAGUUGUACAUGAGGAGGAGAAAGCCUGACACCAUCGAGGUGCAGCAGAUGAAAGCACAAGCUCGGGAGGAAAAGCACCACAAGCAGAUGGAGAGGGCGCAGCUGGAGAAUGAAAAGAAGAAGCGAGAGCAUGCAGAGAAAGAGAAGGAAAGGAUAGAGCGGGAAAAAGAAGAGCUGAUGGAGAGGCUGAGGCAGAUUGAAGAGCAGACGAUGAAAGCCCAGAGAGAACUUGAGGAACAGACUCGCCGAGCCAUGGAGCUAGAGCAGGAGAGAAAGCGAGCACGGGAGGAGGCUGAGAGGCUGGAGAGAGAGAGAGAAGCAGCCGAGGAGGCCAAGGCCGAGCUGGCCAAGCAGGCUGCAGACCAGCAAAAGAACCAAGAGCAGCUGGCUUCUGAGCUGGCUGAGUUUACAGCAAAGAUUUCCCUCCUAGAAGAUGCCAAGAAGAAGAAAGAGGAUGAGGCCACCGAGUGGCAGCAUAAGGCUCUGUCAGCACAGGAAGACCUGGAGAAGACAAAGGAGGAGCUGAAGACUGUAAUGACAGUGGUGCCAGCACCUCCAGGUGGCCAUGCCGAGAGCGACCACGACGAGCAGGAUGAGAACCAUGCAGAGGCCAGUGCCGAGCUUUCCAAUGAGGGAGUUAGUCAGCUUGACCUCCGCAGCGAAGAGGCGCGCAUCACCGAAGCUCAGAAGAAUGAGAGGGUCAAAAAGCAGCUUCAGAAGUUUUGUUGCAAAGAAGAAACACGGGCCAAGCAAUGGCAGAUAAGGACUUUAAGCUCAGAGUUGGCCCAGGCCAGAGACGAGACUAAGAAGACACAGAACGACAUGCUGCACGCAGAGAACGUGAAAGCGGGCAGAGACAAAUACAAAACACUGCGCCAGAUCCGACAGGGCAACACGAAGCAGCGCAUCGACGAGUUUGAGUCCAUGUAAGAACUGCACCUCUGUCCUUCAGAGGUACCUGCUCUCAACCCUUUACCUGAAACAGCUGCUCUGGGGUUUUUUUUUCCCCAUGGACAACUGACACUGCCGUCCUCAUAACCCUACCGAGUAACUCAUCAUAUCUAGGCAAUAUGUGAAAUAUUCUUGUCAAACUUUGCCAAAGUCCGGCCCCUUACCUUCACCUGGAGAGUUUGGAUUUCUUCCUGAGACAGAGCUGCAAGCACGCCAUUACGAACAAUCAGAAGUUAUCUGUAAUCUUGAACGUCAGGGGGAAAGAGUAUAUGUAAAGCUAAAAUAGAAACAAUAAGAUUUUUUUUUUUAAGUAUACAUGGUCAUAUAAAGGUACUUUUUCUUUUUGUUUUCUCCCAUUUUUGGUUAACAUGUAUACCGAUCUUUAGUAUGAAGAUUAGCCGUCUUCAUCUUUUUAAGUUUUCCCCUCUGCUUUUGUUUGACUCGUUUUGUCAAUGACGCCAUUCUUUUUAGUUGUCUGUCAUCCAUAUUUAAACUUCCAGGAAACAAACUAGGACUGAAGCUUGGGGAUAAAUGAGGUUACUUCUAUUAUUAAGCUACAAAUUGAGUAUAUUAUGACAUUUCAAAACAUGUCACAUGCUAGAUCAGCUCACUAUUUUCACUUAACUCAAACUAAAAUUGAAAUGGACAUACGUUUAUAUAGAAAAAUGACACUGCAGUAUUUUAUAGAUUGAAUAUCAUGAACGGCAAUAUUUUCAGAUUUUAAAGAAAAUGUUUCCUGUGAAUGAAGCUGAAUUAAACUAACCCUCGUGGGGAAAGAGCCAUUUGUAAAAGGGCAGGUUUUGACAAGCGAAUGUAGCAAAGGUAACUAAGGGAAAGUGUGUUUAUUUUAUUUUAUUUUAUUUUUCUCCUUACAUGCAGGGGUCAUAGGAUAGCAUGUAAUCAGCUUGUGCCACUAAGCUGUUGCCCUCAAAUUGAAAAGUAUUAUGACAGAGAUGUCCAGUUUGAGUCCUCGAGGGCUGCUGUCCUGCAUGUUUUAGCUGUUUCUUGCUUCAACACACUCAAGAAAAAGAACUAAAACUUGCAGUACAGCGGCCCUUGAGGACCAACACUGGACAUCCCUGUAUUAUGAAAAUAAGCUAAUUGGUAGUGGUGUGUGUUUUGUAUGAGUGUGCUUUCUAGUUGCAUCCCAGUGUUUCAUUUCCGGUCACCAUAGAUGGUUUUCUCUGCAUACCGGCUCACAAAGGAACCCAGGGGAUUACACGGACAGACAGAUCAACACCGCAUCCACACCGUUUGUCUGUCUGUCCCGUCAUUUAAGUGUUUGAUGUAACUGCGUGUGUGAAGUUGUGCAAACACUAGCGUAUAUUGGUUGCGGUUGUGUUCAGGUGUGACACCUGAGGCCUGGCACCUUUCUGGCUGGGGAGCUUAUGAAAACAUCAGUCCCGACCCGGGGACGUACGUCUACCUCAGUAAUAAUAGCAGUGGUGACUGACAGUCAAACACUCAGGGUGCUUCCUCCUUCCCUGACUUACACUCAGUUGGUUUUUUGAUGGUUAAGAAUAUAACACAACAUUUAGAAUCUCCCCAAAAGGGCAGAAUGGUAGAAAAGUGUUAUUUCUUACAUUUAAAGCUGAUGUUAAACAACACUCUCCUCCUGGUUUUGCUCAGAUGUCGUAGUUCAUUCACCUGUUUAAUCCAAAAAGAAAGUCCCAAAGAAAUGCUGCAAAUAGCAAGAAUGUGGUGCAUACAGAGCAUUUUCAGAGGAGGCUAGGGCAAGUUGUCUAAAGGGGAUCAUGUGAAGUGAAGGAAUAAUUUGUUGGAUCCAGACUUCUUUUAAAAGAGGCUUCUCACUUCUCACAAGAAUGAAUUAAAAUGACCUUAACUGUCUGCUCCAAACAUUUAAACAUGCAAUGAGAUCUUGAAAGUGAGACUUGUGAAUUUGUAAAGAGAUGAUUUAUAAUAAGAUCUCAAUGGAAUUAUUAUACCAAUUUUUUCCCCCUGAAAUCUUUAUGAAUUUCUAUCUAAGAAGGGACAACAAACGGACCUUUUGUGGCACCGAAUAUAUGUUCCAGCAUGCAUCUUUGAAAUUAGUUAACAAAGUUUUCCCUUUUUUUUUUUUAUUAACAAUUUGGUAAAUAAUGUUAAUGGUAUUAUUUGUUAUGCUAUACUUGACAGCUGGUGUAAGUUGACAUUUUUUAAGAGUUUGAUUAAAAGCUAAAGCACCUGUAUGAAACAAGAUACUGAAGCCUGCCUUUUGUGUUUAACUUCAGUGUCCAUUGGUAUUGUUUUUGCCAUAGCAGGUUUAAAAAAUAAAAAAAAAAGAUCCUGUGCUUCCAGCUCCAAUUUUUGUAUUGUAUUCAAAGACACAAAACCAGCAGCAUGCAUCUCUUUAUUAGACUGCUUCAUUGGAGGGGAAAACUCUAGUUGACAUGUCCACACCCCCCCAAACCCUCCACAACCAAGCUGCAAGGCUUCAGGUCCACUCUGUUUGUCACCGGCCCGCCUGUCCCCUCCAAUGAAGCCAGCGUCUCUGAUGAAGCCUGCUCUGGCACCAGCUGUCACGCUUUGCUUUGCUAUGUUUUGUUUUUUUAUUUCCUUAUGUUUAUGUUAGUAUUCUUUAAGAUAGAAGGCACAGGUGGAUUUUGUUCCAUUUCAGUGGUUCACAAAUAAAGUUUUUAAGUUUU